AUGAGUUGUCAACAGUUGUGGGACCGUGAAAAGAGUCUUACUUUGAUAAAGCUGUAUGAACAGCACAGUUUACUGUGGAAUCCUUGGGAAGAGAGCUACAAAAUGAAAAAUAAAAGAAACGAUAGUCUAAAAGUAAUUGCUACAGAAAUUGGCGCUGACGUUGAAGUUGUGAAGAACAAAAUUGAUAGUUUGCUGUCUCAGUACAGAUGGGAGAAAAAAAUUGCCGAGUCGAAGUCUGGUAUGGGCUCGGACGAGAAGAAAACACAGUGGUUGGGUUUGAAGCACUUUGCGUUUUUGAAUGAUAAAUUUACACCAAGGCCCACUUACGCCUUCAACCCCAACAAGAAGUCAUAG